AUGAGGGCGUUACCUCCUCUACGGAAACCCAAUGAGCAGCUCCUAACUGGAAGAGCUAACAGGGCGGGGGCAGCUCGUCGAAGGCCGGCGGGAAGUGGGCAGCCACGUGUUCUGACUCCUAGGACCAGCAGUCAGAUCCCUUCCCCAUGUCUUAUUAGUCUUGAUCACAUCAUGAUGACAGUAAAGAACACUAAAGCCACUACUAUGCUCUGUUCCAAGGCCCUGAGCAUGGUAGACAUUGUUUUCAACGGAGACUAGAGAGCACUGUGUUCUGCAGACCAACUUGACCUGAAGAAGGUGGGAAAGGAAUUUAAUCCUGAAGUGCCUCACCUGAAAGGCUCCCUGGACAGAUGUCUAAUCACAGACGUUCCUUUGGAGGAGGGGAUCAGCAACUCAAGGCUUCCUCCCAUUGAGGAAGGCCCAGUUGCCAGAGCAGGAACAAAGGGGUCUAUUAUGUCCAACUACUUCUGAGAUCCUGACUGAAAUCUGAUUGACAUGUCCAAUUACAUCACCUGA